AUAUCUAUCUAUUUUAUUAGAUAUUUACAUAAAAUAAUUAAGUAACAUAAAUUGAUAUAUGUUUAAUUCACUAAAAAUAGUUUAUAAUUAGUAUUAUUGAAAUCUUUUAUUUAUUUUUCAUAUAUUUAGUUGACUGUAAUAUCUUUCAAUUACAGCAAAUUAUUUUUUGAUAAAUUAUAUUUUACUUAUAUAAUAUUAUUUUCAAAUAUAAUCACAAUUUUGUUUACUGCUUAUUUUAUGAGAUAAUAAAAAAACUAAAAAUAAACAUCGUUUGAACAAAUAGUUACAAAAUAGUUUAAUGAGGUAGGUAUAUUAUAUUUUAUCAUUAUUAGAGUUAUUUUUUUCUUAAUAUUAAAUUUUGCUUUUACAUUUUAUGUUUUUAUGUUUGUGGAACAUAAUACAACCAUAAUCAAAAUACCACAUCAAAUCUGAAUUCUCAAUUUUAAGAUUAUUUAAAAUAAAUUUCAGUUGUCAUUCCAUAAAUAAAAGGCAUAAAGUUAUUUAGUAUUUAUAAAAUAUAUAAAUUAUUGUAAAUAUUGAUAUGGUUUCAUGAGCUUUCAAAAAUGUAUCAGCUACUUAUGCAUGUGAUUUCUUAUUGAUCAUCGCUUUAUUUUUUAAUAUUUUUUAAAAAAACAUCAACAUAUAAUUUGAUAAAUGUUGUGAACAUACAUUCACAUUUAAACGAUGAAUAAAAUUGAUUUGACUUGACUUAACUUUAAUAAAAAAAAAUUAUUUCAUUUUGAAUUUGAAAAAAAAUAUAUGUAACUUAAUAUAUUCACAACAUGAGUGACUCGACUAAUUCAACUUUUAUCUAAAAUAAUAGAUUUAACUACAAUAAGAAUAUACAAUUUUCUAAGAAUAGUAAUUUAUUUUAUAAAUAUAUAGGACAACUCAAAACAUAUUAAAAUGAAAAUAAAAUAUUAACCAACUGCUAUAAUUUAUUUAUUUUGUAAAAUUUAUAUAUAUGCAUGAGACUUCAGAAUAUUAUCGUUAUAUUAAUUUAUGUCAUUUAGAAUAAGACAUUUUAGUUUAUUUUUUAUUUUAUUCUAAGCACAAUAUAUCUUAAGUUUUACAUAAUCUUCAUUAAAUAUAUAUAUAUAUAUAUAUAUAUAUAUAUAUAUAUUUAAGACAACAACCACCUAAAUGAAAAUAAGAAAUUAAUCAAAAUUUUAGAAUAAUUAGAAUAAAAAAUAUUACAGUUGAAUUCAGAGAUGCAAUCCAAUUACUCAAAUGAUAACUAAAUCGACCGUAAAAACAACAAAACCGAUUAGAAAUAACAUAUAUAAAAUCAUAUGUAUAAUUAAAGUAAUAUAAUAUUAUUAAUAGAAAUGAUGCAUAAAAAUUAUAAAUUAAUUUAAAAUUAAAAUAAAUAGCAAUCAGUUAUUAUAGCAUAUUUACUUUAGAAAUAUAAUAUCCGUGCAUGAGCACGGGAAAAUCACCUAGUUUUUAAUAAAAUUAAAAAUUGUUAGAUAUUAGUCCGCACAAGCUGCCUGACAUCAACUAGUAUUUACAUACUUUGACCUAAUUAUGAUCUAUUAUGUAACCUAAACUCUGGGUUUUAUAUACCAUCGGCAAGUUCUACCAAACAUGAACAGCGAUGAUGAAAUCGCUGAGAACAUUCUUGCUCGGGUCUCUAGCUGCAAGUACCCUAGUCUCUCUCUAGUCUCCAAGAGAUUCCACUCCCUCCUCUCUUCUCCCCAACUGUACAAGACACGAUCUCACAUCAGAACCACCGAACCAUGUCUCUAUCUCUGUCCAAAAUAUUCUGAGGACCGACCUCCUAAAUGGUUCACUCUGUGGAUGAAACCUGUUGAUGAAACCCUAACCGACUCUAGAUGCAACUACCCUAGUCUCUCUCUAGUCUCCAAGAGAUUCCACUCCCUCCUCUCUUCUCCCCAACUGUACAAGACACGAUCUCACAUCAGAACCACCGAACCAUGUCUCUAUCUCUGUCCAAAAUAUUCUGAGGACCGACCUCCUAAAUGGUUCACUCUGUGGAUGAAACCUGUUGAUGAAACCCUAACCGACCACGACGACAAUCAUCGUCUUCCACAUGACGACCACAAUCAUCGUCUCCCACAAGACGACUAUUCGUUGUUUCCGGUACCUUCUCCUUCUAAUUCUAUUCUAGAACCAUUUUAUACCUCAGUAGCUGUUGGUUCCGAACUCUACAUAAUCGGUGGAACUUACAAUGCGCCAUCUUCAGCUGUCCGUAUUCUUGAUUGUCAGACGCACAUAGAGCUAGGUUGCGGGUCAAACCCGCUCCUCCCGCAUAAUUUUGCGGGUAACUUGCGGGACCCGCGUAUGUUGAUGCCUAGGUGGUAUUGGACGCAUGCCAAUGCGUUUUUACUCGAUGAGAAAAUAUAUGUGAUGGGACGUUGGGGGAGCGACGAGUCUCAGCAUAAUUGGAUGGAAGUGUUGGACAUAACAACUCAGACUUGGAGACACCUGCGGAUCCAUGGAGUCGACAAGUUUGACAGCAAUUGGUUUGUGACUAAUGUGUUUGAAGGAAAGAUGUACGCAAUUGCUGAAAAGAAGAGCUAUGCUUAUGACACACAAGAAAGUAGGUGGGAAGUUGUGGAGACACACAAGAACUUCAGAUUUAUAAAUGAUUGGUGUGUGAUUGAGGAUGUAAUGUAUUGUUAUACACACUCCGGUUAUUGCAUGUGGUAUGACUCCAAAGCUGGAGACUUGAUAGAUAUCCAAGCAUUGCGCAUGCAUAGAACAAGUAGCUUAGUAUGGUCAUGAGUGCUUAAAGUACGCAACCUUGGUGGGAAACUUCUAGUUAUGUGGAUCCUUGAGUCCGAAAGAAACAAACGAGAACCUGAAGGGAGAAUAUGGUGCGCGAAGAUUGCAUUAGAGAAGCGUGAAAGUGAAGUCUGGGGUAAGAUAGAAUGGGCUAAUAGUGUCUCCGAGUCGCGUUUGUUCUCGAGUUGUAUAGUCUUGAUUUGAUGGUCAGUUAAAAAGUGGUAUGCUCGAACGACUUUUGCAGUUAUUAUGGUAUUAGUGGUUCUAGUCAUAGUAGAGACCCUCUAGUAUGCUGAUAUAAACACCCAAAAAUAAUAUUAAAAAGCAACGAGAAAGCUUUUAUAAACAUAAUAUAUGCCUUUGUGUUUGUUCUUUUACCAUCUUCGAUCCAUGUUUGGUCUUUUACCAUCUUCGAUCCUUGUUUGAUCUAUCAUAUGUUACCCUUUGGAUUUAAUAAUCAAGCAUAAUCCACUCACUUGCUUUGAAACUUCACACUUUGAAUUUCGACUAUCUUCGAUGAUGAGAUGCAUCUCAUGUCUGAAGUUGUGAAGGAAUUAAUUUCCUUACAAUCAUCAGUGACAACAACAGCGACUCCAGCUUUGUAUAAUUGUAUUAGAUUAAUCUCUAGUUUUUAUAUCAGUAACCCUUCGUGAGUGUUUUGAUUGGAAAUCAUAUAUAGUGGAAAGCUGAUUUAAAUUCUUGUACAAUUAAUCAACCCACAUGAAUUUCCUUAAACUCACUCUCCAUCUCAUCCUUGGUGUAUAACACAAAAUAUAAGAACAAUUGACAAAGCCAUUCACGCUCGUUGCUCUCCUAUGCAUCAGUUUCAUUCUCCAUUCUUCAAAAUCUAUGAUGCAUGAUUUGUUGUGUUUGACAGCUUGAAAAAGUUUAAUUUGAUUGGAUAAGAAGAGAAGGCAAUAUGGUAGCUGACAAACUCGCAAAGCAACGGCUUCCUCAUCAACACACAUUUCGUUUCCAUUUCUAUGUGUACUUCAUUCACUACAAGAAAACAUCGGGAUACUGAGGGAAAAAAUCGUCGGUAUGUCGUCGGAAUAACGCUAUUCCGACGACAUACCGACGAAAAAAGUCCUCGGAAAUAUCUCCUCGGAAUUCCGUCGGAAAUUUCCGACGGAAUUCCGAGGAAACAAAAUUCCGAGGAAACUCCGAGAAACAUAUGUUCGUCGGAUGGUUCCUCGGAAUAAACCGAUGGAAUUCCGAUGGUCAAAUCCUCGGAAGUUUCGACAAAACAUUCCUCGGAAUAUUUAUCGGAAAAUUCCGAGGAACAUAUGUUCCUCGGAAAAUUCCGAGGAACAUAUUUUCCCUCGGAAUUUUCCGAGGGAAUGGAGUUCCUCGGAAAAUUCCG